GUCACUUUACUUGUCGAUCACGCGGUCGCCGUCCAGUGAGUGGUUUCGCCUUGAACAAUACGUACAAAUAAGCAACGCCAUCUGCCUCACUGGCAUUACUCAUCUGACUAUAGACACUGACCCAACACAUCUGGAAGAGCGCGAACAUAUAGAAUAUACCAAUACAGUAUCGGACACAGGAGAUUCGGUGAUUCAACAUGUUUUACCAAGACUCUCUCUUGUACUAUCAUCCACAACAGCCGAGGUUCUUCGCGCCGCAUAACGCGAUGAUCCCACGAACGCCAUACCAGCCCAACCGUCCAUCAUCCUUCCUGAUUGAAAAUCUGUUGGAUCCACGUCCUUCUUGUAUGAUCCCACCUCGUCCAACCAUCUUCACGGAUCCUACUCCGUCCGUGUCGAGCUCGGAUUCAUUGGCUUUUAGUAUGCAGUCUAUACUAUCGAGAAGCCGAGAUGAAACUCCAGUUUAUCAAGAUCCCAGCCCAGAAGUGAUCAGACGACUCCCCGUGUAUUUUCGCGUCAAGCCAACAUUACGAACCCCUAGUGGAAGACGCUGUCGAAAAUCAAGAACAGUCUUUACAGACUUACAACUGCGCGUGCUGGAGAAAACAUUCUUUGAGCAGAAGUACUUGGAUACAACAAGCCGAGGAAAGCUUGCACAGACUUUAGGAUUAAACGAAACACAGGUUAAAACGUGGUUUCAAAAUAGAAGAAUGAAAUGGAAAAAGGAAACAGGAAAGGAAGAAUCGAAUAAGAGCGAUAAAGACACUGAAGAUAUUAUAAAAAUAGGAAAAAAUACAGAAAAAAGUGCGUUAAAGAAUACAAAAAACUGAUGCAAAUACGAACGCUAUAAUUUAGAAGAACUGAAUAUGAACGUGCAAGCGUCUCGAAAUCUCAAAAUCAUUUCUGGAAAGAAGUUCUUUUCUCUAUCUACUUUUAGGUAGAUUUGGGGCGUUGUUGUAAAUGCUUCUUCAAAGUCCAUUUUACGAUUGAAUUGCAAGUGUUUACUGAACAUAAACAGUUACUUUGAGACAUUAAAACACUACGAUUUAUUAAGCUUUUUGACUAAGAGAGACUGAAAAGAGUUAAGAUUCUAUUUUUUUCCGAUUCCGGUUCUAUUUCUUCACAAAAUGUCCAAUAAAACUGAGCGCGCAAGUCGGCAAUUGUUUUCCACUUCUUCAUACAAUUUUAAAUAGGAAUCUUUUUCUUUACGAGAUGAUGGUUUUUUAAGUGAAAGUAUCUUUUUACAGUGAAAGUGUGGUUAGUUAUUUCGAUGUGUGCGGCCAGCAGUUUUGACAGUCUGUUUGGUGUGAAGAUCCAGUAACUUAAAACGUGUCGCUAUCAUGUUAACUCUAUACUCACAGAACAAACACAACCUUAACUGACACUCAUAUCCUGAAUAAAAACAUUCACAUAAAUCCCAAACAUCUACUUUAAAUUCCUUUUUAAAUUCAACUCGAUUAAACCGUGUAAAUUGUACUCUAAAGCCGAGCUUAUAAACACGAAGACAUGCUGAUGAAGUACUCUGGAAAAAAGUGUAAAAGAUUUUUUACCUAUUCUACAUUUAAUUUGAAUAUUACAGUUGACAUUGUAAUAAAAAAGGACACUGAACAAAAA